AUGGAGAUGAAGAAGAUCGCCUGUGCCGUCCUCGUCGCCGCCGCCACUGCCACCGGCGCUCUGGCCGCCGAGGCCCCCGCGCCCGGCCCAGCCUCCGGCGCUGCCUCUUUGCCGGCCGCCGGAGCCGCCCUCGGCGUCGCCGUCCUCUCCUUCGUCGCGUGCUACUUGCAGUAAGUGAGAGAAG